CUUUGAAUUGCCUGGACUAUGGAGUGCAUCUCCGACGACGGCAAGGUAUUUGCUGGACGACACUGAGUGGUGUGUCCUCAACCUGGAUGCUUGCCUCACGGCAGUAACCACUUACAUUUCCAAUUGGCCGGGAAUGGGCCACCACAACCAGCCUUGGCCGCUACACUCGACCCGUCUGAAGAGGACACAUCAUGUGGGAAUAAUUCCAGCUGGUGCCCCCCAAAGUGCGUGGCGUGUUGAGUCCUUCCCUGACAGCGAUGACAGGCGCUGAAGGCGGCUACGGCUUCACUUUGCGUUUUGCUGUCGACGUCAAGCAUGUCUGAAGCGUAUGGCACAUUUGGCGCGUCGGCUCCGUCGCCGCGGCAGCGUCAAAACCGUUGGAAGAGGCUCCUGUCCUCGACUCCUGUUCGCAUCAGUGGAGUGGCUGCUGUGCUGCUCGUGGUUGUGGGCGGGUUCCUGCUACUUCAGAGUCCUUCGGCUGCCAAGAAAGUCUCCACUGAGGGUGGCGCUCCCAUGCUGACUCCCUCCGAGCGUGCCUUUAUCAAUGGUGUGCAACCUGACAAGCUGCGUGAGUUCCUGCACUCCUAUGCUAGCGUUCCGCACACGUGCGGCACUGAGCAAGACUACAAGACGGCAGUGUACACUGCAGAGCAGUUCACCGCCUUCGGACUUAAAGCCGAGAUCAAGGAAUACUACACGCUGCUGUCGUAUCCGAUUCACCGUCGCCUGUCCAUCGUGUCACCCGAACAGAGCGCGCAUGAGCUCAAUCUGACGGAAGUGUCGGUGCCCAACGAUGCGUGCACCAACAACCCGGACGCACUGCCUCCGUAUCUGGCGUACUCGGACUCUGGUAACGUCACGGCGUCGGUCGUGUACGUCAACUACGGCACCCAGGCAGACUUCGACUGGCUGGUUAGCCACAACGUGACUCUUAAGGGCAAGAUUGCGCUGGUGCGUUAUGGACGCAACUUCCGCGGCCUCAAGGUCGCACUGGCUGAGCAGCACGGUAUGGCCGCCGUGAUCAUUUAUUCGGACCCGAAGGAGGAUGGAUUCGUGCAGGGGCCCGUGUAUCCUGAAGGAAUUUACCGUCCCAAGGGCUCUUUCCAACGUGGAUCACUACAGUAUCUGUCGCUGGCUUCUGGAGAUCCACUGACGCCUGGAUGGGCGUCUGUCCAAGGAGCUCCGCAGCUCAAGUACGAAGAUGUUAACAGCAUCCCGCACAUCCCGGCGCUUCCGUUGUCCUAUGAACAGGCGGACAUUAUCCUGCGUUCCAUCGGCGGCCAGAAGGCACCGGAGGCUUGGCAGGGUGGACUCACGUACCCGAACGGCUACCGUCUCGGUGACGACGAAUCUUUGGUACUAAACCUCGAUGUGCUCAUGGACAACAAGGUUGGUCCGAUUUGGGACGUUAUUGGCACCAUCGAAGGCGCCGUUGAGCCUGAUCAGCAAGUUUUGAUUGGCAACCAUCGCGAUGCCUGGCUCUGCGGUGCUGUGGACCCCAGCAGUGGUUCUGCCGUCAUGAUGGAGAUUGCUCGUGGCUUGGGUGACCUCGUUAAGCAGGGCUGGAAACCUCGCCGUACUAUUGUGCUGGGCUCCUGGGAUGGCGAAGAAUUCGGUCUGCUUGGCAGUACUGAGUUCGCUGAAGAGCGAGCCGAGGAACUUAAGCAGAAAGCUGUCGCGUACAUCAACGUAGAUAACGUCGUCGGCCCCUUGGCUCUUGCUAUGGGCACUCCCUCCAUCGCCAAGUUCAUCGAGGACACUGCUAAAGCUGUACCUCCUAACCAGUUCUUUGGUCCGAAUGAUACUCGCAAUGAGCCUGGUGACAGUCUGUACGAUCAAUGGGCUGCUCAAACUGCUCGCCACCGCUCGCAGAUAUACGGCGUGUAUGACGGCACGCUUGCACCUGAUCAUCUGAUCCAGUUCAUGGGCUCAGGCUCGGACUUCACUGCGUUCUACCAGCACUUGGGUGUGAUCUCAGCUAACCUGGGAUUCACACUCAACGGCGCGGUCUACGGCACUUACCACAGCAACAUGGACAGCCUCAUGUACAUGGAGACGCUGGGCGAUCCGCACUACGCGACGCACGCCAAUAUGGCUCAAUGGUGGGGUCUAAUGACCAUGCGUCUUGCCACAGACGUUGUCGUGCCCUUCGACUUCACCACCUACGGACUCGUGAUGAAGGAGGAUCUCGCUGGCUUCGAAGACAAGAUCUCGGCCAUGAACCACAGUGUAGACUUCACAGAGCUGCACUCGGCUAUUGCCAGCUUCACUGCCAACGCCAACGCGUUCCACGCGAACAUCCAACAGUUCGAGGCUGCAAAUGAUAGCAGUAGCGAGGAAUUGCUGCGUAGAUGGAACGAGAAACUGGUGCUACUGGAACGCCACCUCAUUGAUGAGAGCGGUCUGCCUCACCGUCCGUGGUACAAGCACGUGAUCUUCGGUCCGGGAUUCUACGAGGGCUACCUCGGCACUGCCUUCCCUGGCAUCUCGGACUGCGUUGCCUUCGGGGACAACAGCUCGACUAUUCAACAGCAUGUGGACGACGUCGCUCGCAUCGUUAAUGACGCUGCCAACUUCCUAGUUGUGGGUUGAUUGGGCCUCGCAAUAGGGGAUAGCUUGCUUGAGACCAUGCUAGCUUUCCAUAAGCAACAAAAAUGAAGAAUUGUUUAAUGAUGAUUGCCUA